AUGGCCAUCACGACAGACUUCCAGCAGCGACGGGUCCAGCGGCGGCUCGAGGAUCUCGAGUCGUUCGUUCCGCCCCCUCCUCCGCCUGGCUCAGCGGCAGCGCAGACUCAUGCCGCUCAAGUCUUAGCUGCGAAGAAGAAGCAGACACCGAACGUGCGCCGCGCACUUGGCACGAAGAAGACGUUCCGCGACUGGCUCGGCGAGCUCCCCUCGACCCCGACGCCGCCGUACGUCACUGCUGCUGCGCCGCCACCAGCCACUCCACCAGCUCGCCUCCUCGAAUGUGUCGCGAUUCACGAGCGUGACGGCGGAUGUGGUGGAGCUUAG